UAUAGUUUCCAAUACACAACGCAGUACGGCGUCUGCAGAGAGGCGCUAGUCUCUCAGGACAUGACGUAUUUAGAAUAGUCGUGCAGUAAUCACAGUCAGAGUGUGUUUCUGACGAACCGCUUCAUCAUAAUUUUUACAUUAUUGAGAUAAGUGAGGGACGAAACAUCGUUCUACGCGAUUUCGUGUUAGUGUCGAAGAAGAAAGAAAUAAAAAAAAACGAAAAGAAAACGAACUAAUUCACGACAGUGAAUUUUAUGUGUGACAGUUGAUUGAGAUUACUCGGGGAAAGGGGUGUGGGCCGACUGAACGCCAGAAAAUAUUAGUGUUACAAUUAGAGGCUAGAUUUCUCGUACAUUGAGAACUCAAAUGAGUUAGGGGCCAGUUCGGGCCCCUGGAUAUGCGCUAUGGACAGUGUGGACAGUGCUAACAGACGGCAACCCACCCGUGUCUUUAAAAAAUCCAGUCUCAACGGCAAGAUCACUGUUUACCUUGGAAAGAGAGACUUCGUCGAUCAUAUAACCCACGUUGAUCCUAUCGACGGUAUAGUACUCAUUGAUCCGGAUUACGUGAAAGAUAGGAAAGUUUUUGGCCAUGUUUUGGCAGCGUUUAAAUAUGGAAGAGACGAUCUCGACGUGCUUGGACUUUAUUUCCGAAAGGAUCUUUAUCUCGCUGCGGAACAGAUAUAUCCUCAGGUGACCAGUUGUCAGCCGCGCAGAGAGUUGACGCGUCUACAAGAGAGGCUAAUAAAGAAAUUAGGAAGUAAUGCUUAUCCGUUCUACUUCGAGCUGCCGCCACAUUGUCCGGCCUCGGUGACGUUACAGCCAGCACCUGGUGACAACGGUAAACCGUGCGGCGUCGAUUACGAGCUAAAGGCGUUCGUGGGUGAAACUCAGGAUGACAAACCCCAUAAAAGAAAUUCAGUAAGGCUAGCGAUACGGAAGAUCAUGUAUGCGCCAUCUAAGCAAGGCGAGCAACCGUAUGUUGAGGUCAGCAAAGAGUUUCUGAUGUCGCCUAGCAAGCUACACUUGGAGGCGUCUCUUGAUAAGGAGCUUUAUCAUCACGGCGAGAACAUAGCCAUUAACGUGCACAUCGCGAACAAUAGUAAUCGAACAGUUAAAAAGAUAAAGGUUUCCGUGCGACAGUUUGCAGACAUUUGUUUGUUUUCAACCGCGCAAUAUAAGUGCAUCGUUGCUGAAGCUGAAAGCGAUAUAGGGGUAGCGCCAGGAUUCACCUUGAGCAAGGUCUUUUCUCUAAGGCCGACGCUUGCCGACAACAAAGACAAGCGAGGUCUUGCUCUAGAUGGUCAACUUAAGCACGAGGACACCAACCUCGCAUCUAGCACAAUGGAGGGAUGCCCAGUGGGGCCGGGUUUCACGCUGAGCAAAGUCUUCUCCCUGACACCGCUUCUCGCCAACAACAAAGAUAAAUGGGGGCUCGCCCUCGACGGCCAACUCAAAGACGAGGACACCAAUCUGGCGUCCAGCACCCUCGUCGUAGACCCAUCUCAACGCGAAAACCUAGGAAUUAUCGUCCAGUACAAGGUCAAAGUGAAACUCUGUCUUGGUGCACUCGGAGGCGAGCUAGUUGCUGAAUUGCCAUUUAUUUUGAUGCAUCCUAAACCAGAAGAAGAAAAAUCAACUCUGUCAACGUCACCUCCAAGCCCAACGAAUAAAGGGGAUGGUGAUGAGGUACCGCUCGAUACCAACCUCAUCCAACUGGACACGGAAGCCGAUGGUGACGAUGACAUCGUAUUCGAGGACUUCGCACGUCUAAGGUUAAAAGGCGAGACCGAUGCCUGACCGUGUUGCUUAAACAACAUCGUAAAGUUGCAAGUUGGAACAACUAUUAAACGUCCAAAGUUUGAAGACGUCACGUCCUCUGCCAAUAUGCGCCCUUUCUCAUUUUUAAUUUAGAAAGUCGAAGGGUAAAAUGAAUUAUGAAAACUCGUUGCGUCGUGUGUAUGUAUGUAUGUAUGUAUGUAUGUAUGCAUGUAUGUAUGUAUGUGCAUGUAUGUGUGUCAGUAUCGUCGAUGAGAAAUAUUGUAAAAAAAUAAAAAAUGAAAAAAGAAGAAGAAGAGAGAAAGAAAACAAGAAAAAAAUGAAUAUUAGAUAAAAUUAUAAGCUCAUAUUCGUCGGGUGACAAAUCCUUUUCAAGCUAGAUCAUCCGUUGAUACGUUUGAUAACAUCGUAAAGAGAAAUUUGAAAAAAUUCUCGGUAUCAUGCGCGUAUCAAUUCGCUUAUAUAACGAAAUAAUUUGUUAGAUUUUUAUUAUAUCCGAAAAAAAAAAUUAAAAAUAAAAGAAAAAAGAAUCUUCGCAAUAAUAUCGAAAAAUAAAAAAAUUGAGGAAUUAUAGGAACUAUAACGAUCUACGAAUUAAUUUUUUAUAUUUCACUAACACUAUUUAUCACGCGUAACUAAGUAUUAAGGGAAGAGUACAAAUUGUAAAUGCAAUUUUUCGAUAUAUCAUUUUUUAUUUUUAAUUUUUUCCGUCAAAGUCUAACUUCUUGAGUAAUCCUUUCAAAAACCAAGAAACUUAACGAACAUAAAUGCCUCUUAAAUUUAUCGAAUAAUAUGUUUUAAAUGUCGAAAGAUUUCAUUUGUAAUUUGAAAUUUUGGAUUAUUAAAAAGAUCACGUAUUAGAAUAUAGAACAAUUUGAUAUAAAUUACAUAAUAAAAUAAAUAUUUCCAUUUUUUGAUUCUUCCCUUCAGCGUUAUUUUGCAACCCUUAUUAAAAUCGCGUGAAUGAUCGAAAGGUGCCUGGCAGUCCCGUCUCUCGACGAAAUUUAUAUAUAUAUAUAUAUAUA